GUGGGUGUCGUUAUGAUAAACUCAUAAUAUCUGGAGGUUUAUCAAAAGAAUUCUGUGGGUCCACCACUCCGGCGCUAUUUGUGGUUGGCCUGAAUGUCGUCACACUGACAAUUGUAACAGAUCUUACUAAUGAACAAAGCGGUUUUGAUCUCAAUUUCAUCGCGAGUCGGAGUAAGCAACAUUUACGGUGUGUUCAGCGGCGCCAGAGGGAAACAGGGCGGCAAAAGAUUGGCCUUGAUUUUGAGGGGGGGUCGGGGGGGGGGGAGGGCGGGGGGCUAGACAAAUCCAAACACCCAAGUCACUCCUUCACGACGAGUGUCGAUAUAUGGAGGUUGCCAAUCGGCAUGGGAAACAAUCAGAAUUGCAAAGUGAACUUUUAGUUUCGUAAAAUAUUUUAUUGUUUUACCAUGAAAUUUGGUUGUUAAGUUUGGCCCGCCAUUUGAACAUCGAAUCGUUAUUGGCCAUUUUUGAUCGCCAAUGAUACAAGCGUUGCUGAGCAUUCAUUGCAUGACAUUGUGGGCUCAGUCAAGAAUACCUGCGCUUGUUGUUGCUUUACUUUUACUUAUUCGUGGGGAACUAAUCAACUAAAGCUUAAAUUGUAAAUUUAAAUAGUUCCUUAACUGAGCUUGAGUCACUUAAUAUUUCUCUUGUGCCCAAAACUUUUUCUUGAUUUUGAAAUUCUACUAAUAAAUAAAAAACUUUGCCGAUAUAAUGUAAAAAUAACUAGCAGUUUUCCUCAUUAACGUUCAGCACAUGUCAGCAUUUACAUUCUUGACAUUUUUGGUUAAGAAAAAGAAUCAAUUUGUGACCACAAUUUCUGAUCGUGUAAGGUAUCGCCCAGGCUUCCCACCGGGCACACGACGUUGUUUCAACGUUGAAAUUUGGUAGAAAAAAGGUUGCGACGUCGACAACCUAAUAAAAAUCUACGUUGCUCUGACGUUGUUUUACAAACAUUGUUUCAUCAGCAGCCAACAGACGUUGAAUUAACGUUCAUUCAUGGUUAAAUGUACGACGUCGAUUUGUGAACCAAUCUCAACGUUGUUUUAACGUGGAUUCAACGUUGAAUUAUGGUUGACGAGAUUGGCAACCUAAUUUCAACGUUGUUUCAACGUCGAAACAGUAACGUCGAUCCAAUUUGCAUAGUCAACCCUUUUUCAACGUCUAUCCAACGUCUAGAAGGUCAUUUCCAACGUCGAUUCAACGUUGGAUAAACGUCAUUUUGCCCGCUGGGUUGUCCCUAGUCGUCUUAGUAGUACGUCUUAGAAAGCGUUCUCGUUAAUAUCGCUGACGUCAUGGCGGAUCUCGCUUGAAAGCCAAAGGACUUGUAUUAAGGCCAAAUAUAAUAUCUAUCGCAAGAUAACAUGCCAAAAUUAGAUUAUCUUUUUUGACUACUUUCUAUGUAUAGAAUAUUCCUAUGUUUAUUAUAUUUUUUCUAGAAACUGGUCUUCCCUCGGCAGUUUAUAGCGUGUGUCCGAACAGAACAAUUACCCCCAGUUCAAUUGGUCGUGUCCACUCGCCUGGAUUCGCUGAUAACUAUGGCGCCAAUCUGAACUGUAAGCUUACCCUGAAUAUGCCUUCAAACAAGGAUGUUGAAAUUUUCUACAACUUUUACGACAUUGAGUGUAAGUGUACAACAGCAACAAAUAUAUAACAAUUACAAAAGACUCUAAAACCACGCGUGCUAAAAUUUUCCUGGUUAACCUAGAAAUAACCCUAUUUACGUUAACUUAAUAUUCCUGGCUAAAUUUCUUGGUUAUCUUCCAGUCAAAAUACAAGAACCUUCCUCCCACUUCCCCUUCUGUAUCUGUUGUCAUUUUCUUUCAAUUGUUAAAUUGUUAAAUUGUUACGAGAAAAUAUGGCCACAGUGUUCGUUGUUUUAUAUGAGAAUUUGUGGCAAAAGGUCCAUUUUGCAUUAGAUUCACUGCAUUUUAACACAUAAAAAGUGCGGAAUUUGAAUUUUAUUACGAUAUUUGUCUAUGAAUCGGUAACCUUUAAAGAUGUUCGAGGUGAAACCAGGAUUAUUCAUAUUGAAUGUUCGGACGCUCUUUUGUUUAAAAAAAUUAUUAAUUUCAUAAGCUUUUGACUCCCAGACUGCAGUCUUCAACCAUUGUUUAACAAUCAUGAGAUAAAUUACAAAUAGUUUAGAAUCAUAUGAGAUUUCCGCCUACGUAUAUGAUACUAAUAGAUUUAUAAUAUUACUAAAGUUUCUUCAAUAUUAACCGGUAUUGUUUUGGGAAAUAUUUAGAAUUGUUUUCGGCAUUUUUUUGUAAUUGCCGUGUGCCAUGCUUCCAUUGUGGGUCUCCGUCAAUGGUCGCUUUUAUCAAUUACUUCUCCAUUUUCAAAGUAUAUUCGAUAAAGUCUAUUUUGCUUACAGAUGCUGCCCGGUGCGGGAAAGACAGGUUGGCGAUUGAGGGCAAAAGUUUCAAUGAUUUCGUGUGUGGUGUACGAUCUGCCGGCAGGGUGGCAACAUACAAUGGUGGUAAUGUCUCAUUUCAUUUUACAACUGAUGGAAGUAGGUCCGGGAGAGGAUUUAUGUUGACCUACAAAUUCAUUGACAAACCAGUCCCAA